CCAGUGCGCAGCUGCCAACGCGCAGCAUUUGAACGUUCGUAGUUCGAUCGGCCAUAUUGCCCUCUGGGUCUUACACAACGCCCUCACACGAACGAUCGUGAGUUUACGAGGUAAGCGAAUAUUUCGAGGUUUCGUGUGGUGUGGGAGCCUGGCACAACGUAGAAAUACGAUUCCGUGCGAAGAAAGACGAUUUUACGCAGUAAUCGGCAGAACCUGGGACCACUGGUCGCGAGCAGAACGCGUAACAUCGACUGAUGAGAGAGAAUAUAAUUGAAUGAUUUAAUGAUUUUACCAUGACGAGUAACGUAGCAACAAUUAAAUUAGAAGAGGGGCAAGAAUCUGUGACAGAGAUACAAACAUACUUGGAGACAUUUAAUAAAGAAAUCGAAGGUCAAGGGGAGCAAUUGCAACAUGUGCAAUUGCAACAAGUGGAAGGAUUGUCAGGUGGUGAGGAAGGUGGAACUUAUUUUGUUGACCAAUCUGGUCAAUAUUAUUAUCAAGCAAAUAGCGAUGAAACGCCUGUAAUGACACAAGUGCAAAUUCAAGAAGUAGAGGAAUCUGAUGCACAGAAUGAUGGAGAAGGUUCUCAGGAAGAACAGUAUCAGGAAAUUGAAGAACUUGAGAAUGUUGACGGAGAUGAAGAUGGACAGGUGGCUAAUAGUGGAAAUAAUCAAGUUGUCAUCAAUUCUGGAGAUGCAUAUCAAACAGUUACAAUAGUACCAUCUGAUACUAACCCUGGUGAAGUCAGUUAUGUGUUAAUAGUGCAACAACCUGAUUCUGAAGAUAAAGACAGUAGACCCAUAGAAAGAGAAGGAACAGAAGGUGAAGAAGGAGAGGGUGAACAAGACCUUACUGUCUAUGACUUUGAAGACAAUGAAGACAAUGAAGCUCCUGCGGAAUCAGAAGCAGAGGAUGAUAAAACCAAAAUUAUUAAGUUCCUACCCAAAAAAUCCCAAACAGUUACUCAAGCUCAUAUGUGUAAUUACUGUAACUACACAAGUCCAAAACGGUAUCUAUUAUCAAGACACAUGAAGUCGCAUUCAGAGGAAAGACCGCAUAAAUGUAGUGUUUGCGAAAGAGGAUUUAAAACAUUAGCUUCACUUCAGAAUCAUGUUAAUACACAUACUGGGACCAAACCACAUCAUUGUAAAUUUUGUGACAGUGCAUUCACAACUUCUGGUGAACUUGUUAGACAUGUUCGAUACAGGCAUACACAUGAAAAACCACAUAAAUGCCAUGAAUGUGACUAUGCAUCUGUUGAACUGUCUAAAUUGAAGCGUCAUAUUAGAUGUCACACAGGGGAACGUCCAUAUCAGUGUCCACAUUGUACAUAUGCUAGCCCUGAUACAUUUAAGCUCAAACGGCACUUGCGAAUACAUACUGGAGAAAAACCAUACGAAUGUGAUUUUUGUCAAGCAAGGUUUACGCAGUCAAACAGUUUAAAAGCUCACAAACUUAUACAUAACGUUGGCGAUAAACCCGUAUUUCAAUGUGAACUAUGCCCAACAACUUGUGGCAGAAAAACAGAUCUCAGGAUUCAUGUACAAAAAUUACAUACCUCAGACAAACCUUUGAAAUGUAAACGCUGUGGAAAAACAUUCCCAGACAGAUAUAGCUAUAAACUGCAUAGUAAAACUCACGAGGGUGAGAAAUGCUAUAAAUGUGAUUUAUGCCCAUAUGCAUCAAUAUCUGCGCGACAUCUGGAAAGUCACAUGUUAAUCCAUACGGAUCAGAAACCUUAUCAGUGUGAUCAUUGCUUUCAGUCAUUUAGACAAAAGCAACUACUCAAACGUCAUUGUAAUCUUUACCAUAAUCCUACUUAUGUUCCUCCUCCACCACAAGAAAAAACUCACCAAUGUCCUGAAUGUGAACGGCCGUUCAGACACAAAGGAAAUCUUAUUCGACAUAUGGCUGUACACGACCCGGAAUCGUCCCUCCAAGAGAAGCAACAAGCAUUGAAGAUGGGUAGACAGAAAAAGAUUCAAAUCAUUGAUGGACAAAGAGUUGAAGUAAUGACAGGUUAUGAAGACGAGGAGGAAGAUGAAGAAGAUAUGAUGGCAGUUGAAGGAAGUGAUGGCCAACAGUAUGUAGUGCUGGAAGUGAUUCAACUAGCUGAUAAUCAAGGAACUGAUCAAAUGGCUGUUGUAGCAAGCGAAGAUGGAGACCUGGUAAUGCAAGAUCCUUUGAGCCAAGAAAGUGGCAUUGUAACUGGUACAGGAGAAGAUGGAGACGAUGUAGAAGAGGACGAAAUGGAAAUGGACGACUUGAAACUGGACACGGAACAGUUGACUAAAUCUGCAGCUCAAAAUGCGCAAAGCGAUCCAAAGUUACAAAAAGAAAUGGAAACCUGUUUCGGUUUUGACGAGGAAGAGGAUGAAGAAGAUGAAGAGAAUAGCAACAUAAAUAUAUUGCAGACAAUUUCGUAA